CUAGAAUUCAAAAGUUAUUUUAAGAGCUUAUUCCCGCGUUUAAAAAAUUUCAUGAACAGCAAAGAAACAGAGAGAGAUGACGAAACCAAAACACCUUAAUUUAUGUUUCUUCCCUCUCUUCCACUCUUCACUUUUUCUUUUCCCUUGUUUCUUUUUUUUCUCCACCCAAAGGAAAGAGAAACAAUUGGUGGACGGGCCGGGCCGGGCAUGGCUUUAACACUAUCGGAUGAUUUGGAGCCAAUGCCCAUCAACACUACGGCGGCGGCGGUUGACAAGGAUAAGCAUAGUCAAUACGCCGUGAAAUGGGCAGUUGAUCAUCUUUUGUGCAACAACCGUAUGCUCAUCUUAAUCCAUGUCAAGCAGAGAAAUCGUAGCUAAUGGAACUGAUGGGGUUACGGAGGGUCUCGACCCUGAAAUACAAAAUAUAUUUAUUCCUUAUCGAGGAUUUUGCGCUCGCAAAAUGGUUCAAGUGAAAGAAGUUGUUCUUGACGAUGCUGACGUAGCUAGGGCCAUCGUGGAUUAUGUGAAUAACAACAACAUCACGAACAUUGUUAUGGGUGCAUCUACUCGAAAUGCUAUUAAGAAUUCUUAUAGAACCUUCAAAAAGCCCGACGUGCCGAGCCACGUGACCAAGUAUGCACCAGAGUUCUGUUCUGUGUAUGUGAUUGCAAAGUCGAAAUUGUCAAAUCUAAGAUCAGCACAGCGUCCUUUUGCAAGUAGUUCUGCUUCUCCUAAUAGGCUUCCAUGUUUAGUUGGACCUGCAAUUCAACCUCAACCUCAACCUACGGUUGAACAACCACAACCUAUUGACGAUUUUAACACAAGAAUGUUUCAGGAUGGAAGCUUGAAAUGGAUCAAAGUAACAUUUUGUUGUUGCAAUCCCCCGAAAAUAUCUGAAAUUAGAAUGUCGGAUACUUUGAGCAACCCAGGAAGGCCGACUUACAAGUGCAGAUUUUGCGGAUUCUUUGCUUGGGUGAAUGAAGAAGAUAUCAUCGGCUCAGCCGAAGAAGUUUUUGUGGAGCAAAGGAUGAUUGCUGGUGUUAAGGAAACAUUGGAUGAAUUUAUCAAAUACAUCAAACUUGUUGUCAAGAUAGCAGGGAUUUUGUACUUUGUUCAUGUUCUUUUUGUUGUAUCAAUGUGAUGUACUUCAAUUCAUGGAAACCGCCACUUUAUGAAAAUAAAGAAAAGACUGCAUAGUUCUGAACCUUUUUCAAACCAUGUGUUAAAUAGCGGGAGCCUUGUACAACGAAUACGAUCUUUUAAUGUGAUGUACUUCAAUUCUUUGUAUUGUAUUGGCCUUUUCUCAUCAAUCUAUAACAAUGAUGAAGAAAUUAUUUCAAUAUAUAAAUUCAAAGCCA